AUGAGCCCUCCCGCACAACCUCGUGACAGCAGCCAAACCCGAGCUAUUAGGCCCGCAGGGACUGCUCACGAUGCCGGAUUCCCGUUGACUCGCUCCGAACCUCAUCGUAAUCAUAUUCAAGCUCCUGUUCCUACCGCUUUUGACCAUGCGCGACCGAGAGCUACCUUCGAUCUAGUGAACGAUAUCAAAAGUCAAGAUGCAACUCCGCGACCAUUCACCGGAGGCCGUUUCCUCAGAGACUUUGGUGAUGCAUCACGCUCACCCACACAGAGUCCUUUCCGCUUGACGAUGCCGAGCAUGUCUCCUGGCCAGCUCGCAUUCUCAGCAAUGCAAUAUCUACCCGUACCAACCAUGGUUCUUAAUAACCUCAAAACGGUUGUCUUAGCGAACGAGGCAAUGGGUCGAAUGCUGGGACUUAUCACAGACACUUCAGAAGAUGACGAUACUCUCUCUACCAUCGAAAACCUCCGGGGCCAGACACUAUCUCAAGUUGGUGUUGAUAUUCUCCAAGACGGACAACCUGUGUGGGCAACAUGGGAGGCAUUCCUCGAUUCUCAAGUGGAAGAAAUGGGCGUGCGAACUGCAGCAAAGGAUUCACGACGGCCUUCCCAAUCCGGGGGCGAUGCCACACCCACCGCGAGCACGAUGCCCAUCCCCGAAAGGCGCCCGAGCCCACCCUCUCGCAAGCCGCAGGAUUCGAUAGUUGAGGUCGUGAUUACACGUAAAGGCGUUAACAAACCGACGCUUGAUAAACUCUUUGACCCCAAAGACUCCGAUUCUCAGAUCUAUGCCAAAAUGAUCAUUACUAUAUGGGAGCUGGAAGAUCACCAGAUCUUCUUUACACUUACUUUUACCAGCACAGAAUCUCCACCAUCAACUCUUCUCAACAACAACAAAAGAGCCAUCGCGAAACCGAGUAUACUUGAGGCUGCCGAGCGCAAAUCUAUCACCCACUCAAAUCCAUCGUCAGUUGCGUCAAGUCGAGACUCCAACUCGCCGUCUUUUCACAGUCCAGGAAUCGUCACUAUGUCCUCCAGCCCUUUCCCACCGAUGGGCCCCCCUUCGGCUGCGACUCAUUCGAGCACACCAUCACUACUUCAAAAGAUGUUAUUAAUGAAAGAUGCCCUUCUGAACAAUACCCAAAUGCCCAUUCUUGCCAUGUGGAAGGAUGGUAGUGUCACAUUCCCAAAUACGGCUGCUCGAAAGCUUUUUGAGAAGGAGGCACCACUGGACACAUCCCUCAAUGGUUUUGAACUCAUGCGAUACUGGCAUAUCUAUACCGAGGACUUUUCAGAGCGCCUUGAGGUUGACGAAAUGCCCAUAUGCAGGCUACUAAAGACAGAGAAGCCUUUUACCGGGCUCCGAGUCGGCAUGUAUGAUGAAAACAGAAGCAGGAGAGUUUACGAUGUGCUUGGCGAGGCAAUUCGUGACGAUUCAACUGGAGAGUUCCUUGCUGGUGUCGUGACAGGGCGUGAUGUUACUGUCAUGACAGAAGAAAUCACGCAGAUCAAGGAGCGAGACGAAGAAAGAUUUAAGCUUAUUUGCGAUACUAUGCCCCAAUUAGUUUGGACAGCGACACCGGAUGGCCUUGUGGACUUUUGGAACACUCGGUUCUACUUGUACACUGGCCUAACACCCGAGAACAGCCUUGGUAAAUCAUGGGUAAACGCUUUUCAUCCGGACGAUCUGGUUGAAGCCAACAAGCGAUGGCAACACUCGCUUGAAACAGGCGAUAGCUAUGUGACAGAAUAUCGAUGCCAGAGCAGAGAUGGUGAAUGGCGCUGGUAUCUUGGCCGGGCGAUGCCUCAACGAAACAAAGAGACCGGCAAGGUUGAGAAGUGGUUCGGUACUUGCACCGAUGUUCACGAAAGCAUUCAAACCAAGAUGGCCAUGAAGCGCACCCGACAACAGCUCCUUAGUGUAAUUGCUCACUCUCAUGUGACAAUCUUCACCGUAGACCCCAACCGAAGAGUCACAAUGCUUGAAGGCGCCUUGAUCUGGAACAAUACCCAUGAGGAGAACCAUGACGGAACAAGAUGGUUUGUAGGAGAGAACAUGUAUACCGUGUUCAACCGCUUGACUGCACAACUCGCGGACGGGGAACGCCCCAAAUUCCUUGAGCCCAUCGAGCUUCUCCUGGAUGGAAAAGCUACUGAAGACCUUAAAGAACACGGCAUAGACGACCGUUGGUACCGAACUCGCUUCCUUCCCAUUUUCGGCAAGAAGUCUCAAGAAGGAGACGCCCCGAGCACCACCUACGUCGAAGGGGUUAUUGGCGUUAUUAUGGAUGUGACAGAAUUGAAGAUUCGCGAACAGGCAUUGGAGAAGCAGUCCAAAGAGAAGCGAAAGGCGAUGGCGAACGAAGCGGCUGCCAAGGAGGCCAAUAGGCUAAAGAGCCAGUUCCUCGCCAAUAUGUCCCACGAAAUUCGAACGCCUAUCACGGGAGUACUAGGAAUGGCCGAGCUGCUGAUGGGAAUGGAGUUGGAUCAGGAACAGCAAGAAUAUGUCGAGAACAUACAGAGCUCAGCGACAUCUCUUCUUACCGUUAUCAACGACAUUUUGGACUUCUCAAAGGUGGAGUCUGGGCGACUAGACAUCGAGGAGGUGCAGUUUUCCCUGUCACACAUCGUCAAGGAAGUGGGCAGAAUGCUACAGUUUGCUGUCGAGCGCAAAAACCUCGAUUUCCAAUCAGACAUUGGCGAUGGCAUUGAAAACGAUUUGGUUGUUAUCGGAGAUCCCGGUCGCGUACGACAGAUUCUCACCAAUCUUCUCACCAACAGCAUAAAAUUCACGAACCAAGGAUAUGUCCGAUUCUCAGUCGUCGCGGAGAAGGAGACAUCAGAAUCUAUCGAAGUGAAAUUCACUGUGGAGGACUCGGGCAUCGGUAUUCAGGACGACGUCCGGAAGAAGUUGUUCCAGCCUUUCAGCCAGGGUGAUGCUUCAACUGCCCGGAGAUUUGGCGGUACUGGAUUAGGCUUGACUAUUUGCAAGAAUCUGUUAGAUCUCAUGCAUGGCCGUAUAACAUUGGAAUCGAAGGUCGGUAUUGGAACUCGGGCGACGUUUUGGGUUCCAUUCAACAAGCCAAGCGGUCCGGCUGAGGCGGGCCUGGCUAAUGCAGGUGCCAUCCCCGACCGGCUUCAGUCGGAGUUGAGCCUGUCUUGCAAUAGUUCGGAGUAUGACCAGAUUGUUGGCACUCCUCCAGUAUCUGAAGGAAUCCAGGCAAGCACUUCAGGAUCACGCCGAGCUCGUUUUGGCAUAGCAUCAAAUUCAAGCUCCGACCAAGAACUCCCAUCCGCAGAGCGGGCCAAAAUCCAUGUUUUGGUAGUCGAGGACAAUCCCAUCAACCAGAAGAUUGCUACCAAAACAAUCGGGAGACUUGGAUUCCAGGUGACAGCUGCUUGGAACGGCAAGGAAGCUCUUGAAUACCUUGGCGGCGUUCAAAAAGGCAUCAACCAAAAGCCGGAUAUCAUCCUUAUGGAUGUGCAGAUGCCCAUUAUUGACGGCUACAAGUGUACUCACCUUUUGCGACAUCACAUGCCUUACAAACCUCUGGUUCAAGACGUGCCAAUUGUGGCCAUGACAGCAUCAGCAAUCCAAGGAGAUCGCGAAAAGUGUACUAAGGCCGGCAUGGAUGACUAUUUAGCCAAGCCGGUCCGGGGUGUCAUUCUCGAAAAGAUGCUUCUAAGAUGGUGCCAUGCUCGCCGCCGGGUACCGACAGCGCCGGAUCCAACAGCCUCAGACUGCUCAGAAAUGAGUGAGCAUUGUGACAAUGCCGACAUUCCUAACGUUGGCAUUGACGACGACGAUAUGCCACGUCCGGCUGAGGAAUUCAACGGCAGUCCUAUUACACCUCGACCGUUGACGACGAACGGAUAUCAAAACGAGCCAUCGCCCUUCGACUCCACAGAAUUAUCCCUUCAAGUUCGGCGUCAAGAAGGGGAGGCAGAGUGGUCUAACAGACUACAAGAAACAAAACUUAUCGAUGCGGCAGGUGGAUCAUCGAGCUACCGCAGGAAUUCAUAUCACGAACUACAAACAGGGGAUUCGUUGACGGAGGAGAACGUUAACAAGCUAAGAAGCGAGAAUCAGUCGACAACCCGUCGAUAA